CGCACACACACACGCACACACACACGGAUCAGAUCAGAAAGGCUGUACUGUUGUCCACAGAUCUGACUGCAGUGUUUUCCAACACCGCCUCAGGCUGCUCUGCGCCUCCAUCCAUCUGUUUAUCAUCCAUUCAUACGUCCAUCCAUCUAUAUGGUUUUCCAUUAUUUUAACUCCUCUUCUCUCUUAGAGAGUGGAGAGAGAGAGAGACAAAUAUUUUCACAACUCAAUCUUCAGAUGAAUCUUUUUCAAAUCAAACCGGAGUCAUAUCCCUUCUUCCACCUCCUGAAACAUCCAUCAUUUCUGUCAGUAACAGUAACUCUGUGCUCCUCGUGUUAAUGAUUUGAGAGCAGAGUCGUCCCAGCAGCAGUCACAUGAUCAUCAGACACUGUUCACAUUAUGAGAACCACUUCAUUUAGAGGUCAAAGUUGAAGCGGAAAAGAGUGUGAACUGUGAUGGAUGUCCAAAGGACAGUUCUAGUUUAUGAUGUAUUGUUCACCGUUGUGUUUAAAUGAGCCGGAUCUCCUCUGGUGCUGAUGAAGAUCUUUGUGUGUUUCAGAGCUUCAAGCUAAACGUGGACAGUCACAGCGCUCUGAAGGAGAGCGUCAUGGAGGAAGGCCGAGCACUGCUCACCGUCAUCACCUCCAGCCAAUCGGGUUUGAAGGAUAUCCUCCAUAUGGUUUCCAGCCAAUGGGAUCAGCUCCAGCGGCAGAUCCGGCGCCAACAUGGCUGGAUGCUCCGCGCCCUCCGCUGCAUCCAGGCCCGCCUCUUCUACUCCAGCCAAUCGCGCGAGCCCUUCGCAGCCUCUUGCGACGUGUUGGCCAAUCGGCAGGCUCCGUGCCCUCCGGACAGCCUCAAGGUAAGAAAACAACGGUGUUUUUUAUUUUUCUGUUCAGCUCCGAAUCUCUCUGUUAUUCUGUCCAUCUGUUCAUUGUUUGUUUUUUACUUUGGUUGAUAUCCUUCCAUUUCCUCUCUGGUUGAUCCCGGUUAUCCCUCUCUCUUAUUCUAACACACACACCACACACACACACACACA